AUUGUUUUCAUGAAUUUUUACCAUAGCCAAUUUGACUUUGUGGCUGUGGUAACUAGUGAAAACCCUAAAUCAUACGGAAAAGGAACGCUAUCAACAGUGAAGCUGGCCUGCUUGGUGAUGGUGGAGUUGUGAGGACCUGGACUACAAGGAAGGCACAGAGGACAGGCUGGGAAGCACUGAAACAACCAUCAUGCUCAGGAACUGCACUGUCAGUGUUAAGGACAUUACUGCAAGGCUGUUAAGUGCUCACUGACUAGCUGACCUCUUAUAGUGAGUGCCCUUAUCCCCUACUUUUCAACUUCCCUUCAUAGGAGGGCACGAGUCGACACACUAACAAAUGCAGUAAGAGUAAAAUCAUUUUUACCCACAAACAGACACUCUUGAAUUGCAAACCAUGGUGGAUAACCGCUACGCUACAGCCCUGGUCAUUGGCUCUGUUCUGAGUCUGCUGGCCACAGUCUAUCUCUCCGUUGCCGUGGGAACACAGCACUGGUACCAGUACCGAAGUCCGCCCGGCAACCAUGAGGCCAGCAACGCUUCGGAGCUGCGCGAGGACUUCAUCAACGGGGAGUUUGAUGAAAAGGCUAACAGCGACACUCUGUUCCGCCUCAACGGCACACUGGGGCUGUGGUGGAGGUGUGUGCAGGCGCCAGGCCAGUCGCACUGGUUCAAAGAGCCUGAUCCUAAGAUGGUGACACAGUGUGUGAGCUUCACCCUGCCUCAGCAGUUUUUACCCAAGUACAAAGAACCAGGGAAUCACAACACUGGGGAGGACCUGCUUCGGACAUUUGGUUUCUCUCGGUGUCUGAGCAGACCUGUGGAGGUGCCAGUUCCUGUUGCCUCUGGUGUCCCUAGCCUUUGUGUUCCUCAGCGGACUCGUCGGCGUUUGCGCCUGCCUCUGCCGCAGCAUCACCCCCACCCUGGCCGUUGGAGUGCUCCACCUGCUGGCAGGUCUGUGUUCCCUAGGCACGGUGUGCUGCUUCCUGGCUGGCAUGGACCUGCUCCACAGGGUCUCUGUGCUUCCCGACGGUGUGGACGGCUCCCUGGGCUGGUCCCUGUACCUGGCCCUCAUCUCCUCGCCACUGCAGAUGAUGGCGGCCGCCCUCUUCCUGUGGGCCGCCCGGAGCCACCGCCAGAACUACACCCGCAUGACGGCCUACCGGGUGGCCUAAAGAGACUGGGGUUUCUUUUAUACGACAGGGUUGCAUUCAGUAAGAGCAUAACGUUUUGAAAUGGAAGAUGUGAAGUUGUAGAGUGUUGCCAGUAACAUGCAGACUCCAAUUUUUGUAGAAGGUGAGAUUGUUUCUAUGAAAUGGCUACGUUUCUAAACAUUUUACGAACUGCAUGUUUAACUGAAUGUGACUCUAAACUAAUCCUAAAUGGCAGUAUACUCCUGAGGGGUAUCCUACGAAGCAGGUUUGAGUAAUUAGCCAGGUGACUUUGGUCAACUCGGAGUUCAAUUCGGGGCACCAGUCAUACGAAAGUGGCUUACCUUUUGGCCAAGUACAUUUCUAUGGCAACGGAUCCAUCAGAACUAACCUGCUCCGGGCCGGGCUAACUCGCAGCUAACUCCACUUACCCUGAAUAAAAUGACUGAGCCGUGAGUUGAGGACCAAUGAAAUCCGAUACCUCUCGAUCAAAGAUUGCAUCGUCAUCCCUUUCAUUUGAGGAAGACGAAUGAUUCAAUAUAAAAAAUAUAUAAAAAAAUAUAUAUAUAUUUUAAUUUAAUCAAAUAGUUUGUUUGUGUAAAUAAAAAUUGUAUUUACACAUUUAGUAAUGACAGAAAGCAUUUUAAACUUCACUCAAUGUAACACUUUUGUAUAACUUAAUAAAUAAAACAAUAUUGAUAGGAGUGGGUAGAAAGUGCUUGUGCAUUGAUAAGCACACCAAAGUCAGCAUUCAUGAGAAGUAAUAAAAUAAAGACGGUUAGUUCAUUUUGGAAAAAUAGUUUGAGUAUAGUUUCAGUUUUAGCUUGCUUCCUAGGAUACUCCUCUGCUCUUGAAAGGCCUGUGUGUUCGCGUCUGUCUUAGCCCAGCACCGAAGCUGUUAAACGUCCUGUUGGUAAGUAGAAUCUGGGUCACGUUCAGAGGGGUGCAACGUACUGAAACAUUGCAAAUAGAAAUGUGAUAAUUAGAGCUGACGUUUCUUACUCGUCAUGUCAGAGUAUCUGAAGGCUCCACAACGUUGUGCCCUACUGAACACAACUCGAGUGAUUUAGAGCACAGGGUGGCCCAAUGAUUCACUCUGUAACAACUACGCCUUUACAGUGUCGUCAUGACAAUCUUCCCCAUUACUACACCUGAUUGACAGAUUUUAGGGUGACUAAACCUUCGACACCUUAACUACACCCCACAGGGUGGCGCAAAGAAUCUCUCCACCUCAAGCACAACUGUUCGACAGCUCACACUAGCCAACGUAACCUCAAACGAGACUUUGCCUGUAUAAACAUAUCCUAAGAGCUUCUCACUGUCGUAGAGGCAAGCGUUUGAUUUGAUUKGACUUUCAGAUGAAUUUGUCCCCAGCAGCACGUACUGUAUGUGUAUAAUGUUUAACAACACCUGUGGUUGAUUGUGAGAAGGUGAKGUACGUUUGUUUUUCUUAAACUGUUUUGUUGGUGAAUCUUUAGCGAUGCUUUUUUUUCUUCAGGUUAACAACGAUUGGAGUCAUAUUUUGCCUUUGCUUUUGUUGCCAUCGCUACCAUUUAUGAAUGAAUGCUUUUUGCAAUCCUAGCCUUUUUUUCUAGGUUUUCCUAAACGGUUCGUUUUUUGUUGUUGCUUUUUGAAGUUUUGUAUUAUGUUAUAUCUAUAGAGCGUUGUAGUGACUUUUGACCCCGUUUGCCUACAUUUCCCUUUUUUAUUUCAGCUGAUGAGAAUGUUCAGUUUAAUUUUGUGUCAUAUGUUGAUUUGGAAUGUAACCACUUUGCCAUUGUCAUCCAUAUUUAUUUGAAUGUAAAGACAUGUUAUCCCGGGUUGUUUUGACGSCACUAUAGCUAACCUGUGUUUUGAUCUUCCUCUUGAUGUCCAUGAUAUUGUUUUGAUUAUGUUGAAGUAAAUGCAGUUGCAAUACUUAGCUUUUCUGAAGCCUACUUGAAACUACCAAUGACAAGACAACGGGCACUAACUCCAAGUACACUUGGUAAAUGAGCACUCAACAGAUAUUGUUUACUGGGACACCGUUUUAUGAAGGGUGUCUAAAUGAGACAACUUGUGGCUUUUGUAAGUGUUUUUAUGUGACUAUACCUAAAGCGUACCUGUUUCCAUAAGAAUAAAGUUCACCUCUGCUGAC